UAGUCACGUGCUGAUACCCGGCACUCAGAGUGGGGCAGUGCUUGGCACACGGCACAGCUGUUUGAUUGGCUGAUAGUGGAGAUGUAAACAUUGACUUUCAGGACCCCUGUCGCAAAGUCGCGAGACCCUCUUUCCGCAACUGGACCGACACGACUUGGUGUUGCAACGCGUCGCAUAAUUGUUGGCAUAGGUUGGAAGGAAACGGCGCACUUUUAAUAACGUUCCCUUGACAUGGAUUAGUCGGGAUACUUGUUCUCUUGUUUACAUCACGACCAAUACCCCUUUUGCAAUUAUCCUUUGGCUUUCACCAUGAUAGAAUCUAUCGGUGGCUUCGAGCCCACGCGCGACAACUCGAGUUCCGACCAGGACCCUAUCACCGCAGGAUGCUUUCUUCCGCCUCCAAUUCCCUAUCCUAGGCCGUGGCAGCGCGUUGCUGUCGCGCCCGUACCAGGCUUGCGCCGACAAAACAGGAUCUGGAAGAGAGUCGGCGGCCUUGUGGCUGCACCCGAGACUGAAAGAUAUUGUCUUGCAAUGGCAGAGCUUGAAUCACAAGGCCAGGAACCCAGGAAGCGCGCGCGACAAGUACGCCACAUUCCUGCGUGGGGCACCGCGAAGUGGGAUCCGAGGGCCGAGGAAGGGCAUGAUGGCAAGCGAGAUCUUCGCGAGGCGCGGGACGUGGUAUCCGCCCACAGAGCGGAGGCUGCACGUGCUGACGCAAACGACUAUACGAAGACCAAACGCGCGACGUUCCCCGAAGAGCGGUUGAAGUGGGUGCCGAGAAAGCGUCACAACUCGCGUUGGCCGAUUGAACCGAAGGAGGAAAAGCCGACUUCUAUGGUGGCCGAUUUGCAGCCCUUGAUCGAGUUUGAGGUCCCCGCGUGCGCCGAACCGGUCGAGGCUACGGUACAGAUCGAUGAGAAACGGAUGGGAACACGGUCGACGCGGCGUCUCAGCAGGCGGAUUUCGCAGCUUCCGAUGAUCAAUUUGUCGCCAGCAAAGAGCUCGGGACCGGUGCUGUCGCCCGUCAAGAGACAGCCGGUGACGCCGUCGCCAACGAAGGUCGUGGAUUCUCCACUUCGCUCAUUCCGGGUAAAUGCCACCCCUACAAAGGUGGUACUGGAAUCGCCAACAAUUAGCCCUCCGGAAAGAUCUCCGUCAAAGCUUUCAAACCCCUCAACGAUGCCAACCGAUGAUGUUGUCAAUCCGGCCACCGAGGCCGCAGGGGCCCAGGCUUCGACGCCCCAUGGGGUGAGCUCCGCUCCACUCAUGUUUGAUCAACCGACUCCGGAGCGUCAAAUGGAAGCCGAGCACGAAACUCGUAGGCGGGCCUUGCUUUACUCCGCGCGUAGGAACGACCGUGGCUUGGGCGGAGCAGCGCGGCUGUUGGCCUUGAAGUCCAAGCGGAAUAGCCCAAAUCGUCGGCAUAGCUUUGCGUCGAUAAUCAGCCCACCAGUCGACGUACGCGGCACAAAAGGCCAGAGGCGAAAUACUAUGGACGGUCUUUGUGUCGGUCCUGAUGAGAUUCGGGAGAUUGGUGCAGGUGGCGAGGAGGACACCGGUGCGGCCGCGGGCCAUUAUAAAGCUGAUGAAGUUGUUGAGAUUGACGUGAAGACCAACCUUGACAUCUUCGGUCAGCCGAUCAAGGCAGUGGACUCGGCACCCGGACAGCACAGUGUUGGCGAGGAGGAGAUGGAACUCUCAGAACCGAUACUCGAACCCGCCUCUCCAGCAACGUCUGCCUCUACGGUUGCUUCUCCUGUCAAACCUUCUCUCGAAGCUCCAAUCGUCAUCUCGAACUCUUCAGAGGAGGCUUCCAGUGUCGCAGAGGAAGCUGAUGCUGAGGCGGCAGUGGAGAACGGCGGAAGUCCAAGCCAGCCGGCCACGAGACCAAAUGCCACCGAGACUGAAAGCAUGAAAGAGACGCCCGUCACACACGUCGACGAGGACCAGUCGAUAUCUUCAGAGGGACAGCUUUCCGAAAUCUCAUUUGCCUCUCACGAUUCUGAAGGCCUCUCGACCAUCUACGAGGAAUCGUCUCUUUCCGAGCCUCAGUCUUCAGGGGAGGUCGACACCCUUGGCCUUGCGAAGGGCGAGACAACUGUGAAUGCGGAUGUAGAAUCCACGGCUUUGGCCGCCCUGGAGGUCGACGGUGACAAGUCUGGCUCUGCGCCUCCCAGUGCAAGCUAUGAGCAGCCCACGGUAGAGUCGACCUCUGAAACAGCUUGCUCGCUGGCCGCCCCCACCAGCGACGUUGCCACCGCUGCGGAUGGUUUGACCCCAUCUGAUCCGCCACGGCGCAACAACGUGCCGUCCUCCACGAAUACGACUCAACGACCUCUAUUAGAGACUGAAAAUGAAAGCUCGCCUGGCAUCUCUGAAGGUGACGCUGUUUGGUCAUACAGAGACGACGAGCUCAAUGUGACAAUGCCUGGAGCCUCAGAAACAGACGAGCACUCUAAGCUCUGUGUUGAAGAGCCCGAAGAACUUCGACAUGACGACCUUGUCCAAGAUGAUAAUCCUCCAGAGCUUCCCAGAUUCAUCCCGAUCAAUGGAGAGCAGAAGUCGUCGCUGCAUGCCACGCACAGUAGUCUACGGGAUGAAGAGCCCAGGGCUGAACAUAACUCGGACUCGGACCCGGACGACGCUGAUGAGGUUGUCGAGGAGGAGUUUCUGGCCGACGAGGACCACGAUGCCGCCGAUGCCAUGGAUGACGAUAUGCUGGCCGUCAACCCGCCCUGCCCGGCAAAUGACACGCUCCAGUUGCAAGCUAUGCAUGACGACUCGGAGACUGAGAUGCUGAGGAAGUUCGUCACACGCGUAGCGGCAGAUAAGAGCGCCAAGGCGUUGGCGGCAGCUAGCACGGUUGCAAACAACAGCUCGCGAUCAGCACGACGGUCGGGUUCCCUUGGGUUGACCACCUCGGCUGGCUCACCUAUGGCCAAAUCCGAGCCAGGGGCUCACACAAUGAGAAAGCCCCUCGCGGAGAAGAGUUCCAACAGCCCCAGCCCUACAAAGAACAAGCGCAACCUGGAACUGAUCGUGGAGGGCCCGUCAAAGGCAAAAGACGGCUCCCAAGACCCCGAAGACGACUUAGAGGACGGCCCUCGCAUCAAGCGCCGACGUAAGCGCGCCGAUCCAGUCCUGGACACCGCCACCGUAGGAACUACGGCGCCAGCCUCCACGGAACGGGAAUCUCUCCCCUCUGGACCUGCCCCUCGCCGCUCGACUCGCGCCCGCAGUCUGAAGCCAGCCGCACCCUCCGCCAAUUCCAUCGCCUUCUCCAUGAUUCCCGUCCGCCUACCGGGCAUGGGCGCGAUGGACGAUGCGGCGCUCGAGAGCCAUUACGCGGCCAUCGCGCGGCAGCGCAGUGAGGAAAAAGACCUCGCGGCCAUCACCCGGGUGAACACCCGCAAGAAUAAGGGCGGCGCAGUCCCCCCGCAGGUGGUGCUGGCGAAGCAGGCGGAGGAUCCAAACUGGCGCCUGCGGGAGUUGAAGGGCGUGCUGGACGCCAAGGAGCGGAGGCAGCAGCAGCAGCAGCAGCAGGUAGAGGGAGAUAGCGGAGAUGGCAAGAAGAAUACGCGCAACAAGGCUGCUAAGGGCGUCCGGUGGGCGGAAGAGCUGGUUAGAUUCCACGAAGAUUCGGACGCCCAGCCGAGCGUGUUCAGGGGCUUGGCGCGGGGACUGUUGGCCGAUGUGGCCAUGGAGGACCUGGGCGAAGCGGAUGAGAUUGCCGAGGCCGAGCCGCCUGCUGCUCCGGAGCCGGCCGUGGAGAAAACGGUCAGGGUGGCUGCUAGGAAGUCGGUGUCUACGUCUGCAUCCUCGGCAGCGCCGGUCUCGUCGAGGCGCACUACCAGGUCGUCGAGGUUGCCGCCCCCUACGCCGGUUAAGAAGAUGCCGAACGGGCAGAAGAAGGCGCCGGCGGCGCUGGCGGAGAAGAAGGCGGCCGCUGCUCCUGCUGCUUCUUCUGCUCCCAGCUUGCGGACGAGGGCGAAAUCACUGCCUAAGCCGGCUGCUUCUACUGCGCCGUCGUCUGCUGCGGGGCCUGCCGGUUCGGCAUCGACCUCGAGUCGGUCGGGGAUGGCGACGAGGCGGACGAGGAUCGCGAAGCUGGGGAUGAAGGGAAACGGGACGCCGGCGCCGAAACGGAGGGGGCGGGCUGCCGCUUAGGCGCCGAUAUCAUCAUGAGCAGAAGAAGCAUUCAUGCAAGAAAUGACGGAUCAGGCGCUGUCAGUGGAUUUAUCUUGCCCAAUUGUGAUGGACGGGGGGGUAUUGUAUCGGAGGUCCUUGCCCUUGAUUAGGUAUGGUAUGGUAUGGUAUACACACGACUGGCAAAGCACAUUGGAUCUCGGCUAUGAGAAUGGUGCCGCCCUUUUUUGCUACCUUCCCCGCUGUUCCAUCACCAUCCUCCCUGCGUGACCUAUACACCAUGUUUUCGAGAGCUAAGUAUCUAAGGUAGCUCUGGGUAGGUAAGUACACAACUAAACGACAUGAUGCGCCCCCAC